ACCAUGUGGGGUCUUAAGACUAGAAUAUUGUAUAUAACCAUAUGUUUUAGGAUCUCUAUGUUAGAAGGGUCUUAUGCACCUGCCCCGUCUAUUUGGAAUAGUCCAACUGUCCUUGGCACAUCUGAAAUAGAUAUCCAAGGUGUCCCUAAAGAUUGUAUGGAAAAUUUGUGUUAUCAUCUUGGUUCACAAUAUGUAUAUACAUCUGGAGCUGAUUUUCCUAUCUUUUCUGUUUCCCUUGAGGACUGUGUUUGCAAAUGUAAGACUGGAUUCAAAUUAUUCACAUGGUUCAAGUCCAAUAACUGGUGCACCUGUCAUCUGAGUGCAGACCUGUCAAAGUUCAGUAAUUUUGAUGCUAUAUCUGGUGCAUUUAAUUGUCUGGAGAGUACCACUUUAACACCAUCAAUUGAUACAACAGCAAUAACAAUACCAGCAGCAAUCUCAACUACAAUUGAAUCUGUAGAUUCGAAGGCAAAAGAGAGCUGUGUGCAGAAUGAAUGCUUCUUGCCAGGAAUAAACUUUCCAGAUAAAAAUCUAAAAAUUGAUUACAAUAUCAGAACAAUCUCUGAAUGCAGUUGCUUCUGCAAAAACAUUAGCACGAGGUUCACUCUUACCCCGAAUGCCUGCUGGUGCAAGCCAGAUAACAGAUCUUUAUUAGAUCCUGUUUGCAUAACAGGAAUCUAUAACUGUUCCAGUGAGGUUAGGAGCCUCAGAGAAACAGGUUGUCCUAAUACAGAAUAUUGUUCUGAACAAGAUAAAGAGUACAACGGGAUAACUUUUCUAAUCUUACAAAACGUUUAUUAA